AUGAUAUCGCAAACCCUCUCGCGUUUUCUUGCGGGCGCUUUGUUGUUAGCCACUACUCUCGUCAACUCGUCACCCAUUCCAAUCAUAAACGAGCGCGAUACUGCGGAACGCUACAUCUUCGCCAACUGCGUCAACAACGCAACCUCGAAAGGAUACGCCGCCAUCUUCUGGUACUAUCCUGAUUUCCUUCCCGACUUCCCGGAGCCGCAGGAAACUGCAUAUGUGAACAACAAGACAACCGUCAAAUAUGAAGGCAAGACAACCAAGGUUACCUCUCCAUUCACCCUCAGUGCUGCAAUUCCGUCCAACGCUACGAAGGCUGCUGAGGGCGAUAUUGUCUCGACAGCGGCGAGCGCCAGCUCGUUUGCUGGGCCAAUGGCGGUGAUCAAGGGCAGUGGGGAGAUCUUCUACACGCCAGAGGCCAAUGUCAACUGUUAUGAGGCGUACUGGCAGCGUGAUAACCAACCAGUUGAAGACCCGUAA